UCUCUCUCAAAUAGCUCAACCAGCAUACCAAUGGCUGACCGUCCGCACCAGCUCCAAGUCCACCCACAACGCGGGCAGUUUGAGGGUGGUGUCAAGAACCAAAGGGGGGGUGGUCCAUCAGCGACCAAAGUGAUUGCAGUCCUUGCCGCCCUCCCUGUAGGUGGCGCGCUACUUGCACUUGCUGGUUUGACGUUCAUUGGCAGUCUCAUUGGGCUUGCUGUAACCAUCCCACUUUUUCUCAUCUUCAGCCCGGUUCUUGUCCCGGCUGCUAUCGCUGUCGGCCUUGCGAUCACCGGCUUUCUGAGCUCCGGGGCUUUAGGUUUGACGGGGCUGUCAUCGCUCUCUUGGGUCCUCAAUUACCUCCGUCGGGCCAGCCAGUCCCUGCCGCACGAGAUGGACCAGGCAAAAAGGCGCAUGCAGGACAUGGCAGCUUUUGUGGGGCAGAAGACCAAGGAGGUUGGCCAAGAGAUCCAGAGCAAGGCCCAAGAGGGAAGGAGAACAUGAAAGGCAGAAGAGGUUUCAACUUUUAAGACCACUCCCCAAACAAAUUAAAAAACGAAAAAAGAAAUAAAAAAAUAUUAAC